CUAAGUCUCUUUAUUUUGUGGUUAACAACAAAAUCAGCAGAAGAACACUUUUUUACAAUUUUUUAUUUGUUAGUGGAUCAAUGUUCUUUACAGUUUUUCUCCAUCGAUUUAGUACAUUUCCCACAACAGUAUUGAAGUUUGCAACACUCCUCAGGGGUUUCUUAAAACAAUUAGUACAAACUGCAAAACAUGGUUGGUAACCCACAAAAGUGAGUCACUUUCUCAAAAUGCAAGUGAGUCGCUCGUAAUGGUUAGUUUCAUGUUUCAAAACCAAUUUUUUAUGUCAAUGAAAGUAUCAGUGUCGUCAAAAUAACAAGUCAUGACUCCAGCUUCUUUAAUGAUCAAGUCAAUAGAUUUCAUCAUGUUUUCGUUGAGACUGAUUACUCUGGAAGUGUUUCCAAUGUCAUGUAGUGUGAAGACAGCAUUACAGUAUGUAUCAUACAUGGCAUUCUGAAAACUAGAAUUUAGUAAAAAACACUGAAUAUGUUCUUUACACUGUUUACUUGCAACCAUUCACAGCAUUGUACAAAUGGAAACAACAAAACUAAAAAAAAUUGGACACAAUUUCUUUUACAUCACAGCAAAUAUCAGCUCCAUCAAUGCACUGAGGAAAGAAUCUUCUUGAGAACGGAAUCAACCAGAACUCUACUAUGAUGUCAUCACCAGAUGCAUUCAUGGUCUCUAGCAGGUCAUUUGGGUAUGUGGACACUGAUCAUAUACCUUCCACCUCUGGGAAGAGAAAAACAAACUCUUUAUGUGUCCAGAUAUACUAUUGGAUGAAACGAACAUGAAACUGACACUAGGUUGUGCACAAAUGACAAAAUAUUGUAGAAGAAUUUAAACAUUUUCAAAUUUUACCCAUUUUAAUCUUUAAAAAAAUAUUUUUAAAUGUCUUAACAAAUUAGCACCUAAACAUUUUAUGUCUUAUCACUAUUUUUUUUAUUGUAUAAAAAGCCCAUCUGGGGACAAAUGCUGCAAAUUAGAAGCAUAAUGAUUAUGGGCAUGGGACUGCUGCUCUGCUGUAUGUCUAUGUUUUUAUAUCUGUCCCUACUAAAUAAAUACAUUCAAGUUGCACUAACUGUUGUGAGAAGUUUAACUCUAUUGUAAGUCUCUUUAUUUUGUGGUUAACAACAAAAACAGCAGAAGAACACUCCACAAAUGUUGUUUUUAGUCUAUUUACUAUUUCUUUGCUCUUUAAACAACUUAAUUCCAUCUCAUGCACCACCCCUCUCCCUUUAUUACCUAAAAAAAACCCCAGAACAAACAAGGUGAUUGAGAGAACCCAGGGAGUUUCUGCAUGGUGCGUUCACUGAGCUCACAGAGGGGUUAUGGGAAAACCUUGAAGUUUUUCUGUCUUCAUCAGUUACGUGCUAAAGAACAUAGAAAGAACGAACAGAAAGCAAUGCGACUGGUGUGCUGUGUUACAGUGGUCUUUCGCUUCCUGAUUGAGUCACAAAAUCAUGUUGUAGGGCGGCUAAAAAAAAAUACAAGUGACGUCAAGCAAUAUAAACCGGGUGGCGAAAGAACAGCACUGAUUACAAUCCUUAGUCACAAGAUGUUCGUGGUAUUUUUGACACUGGGCAUUUGGAUGAUAGUAGGAGCCACACAAUGCCCCAAGAAUACAUUUCAGAAGGGACCCCUGUGCUGCGACUCAUGCCCCCCAGUGAUUUCCAAAGACGCUUCAGGACUGGAAAAAUACAGCUACUAUUGUGAACCAAAAUGCCCUGAAUAUGAAUACUUUGACCCAAGUGACAAUAAGUGCAAAAACAAGACAAAUACUCAAGGGACUCCAACUGAUCGUAAACCAGAUCCUCAAAGCUAUGAUCAUAUUUUUGUGAUGAUGUGUACUGGCUUUGUUUUUGUCUCAGUCACCCUCGUUGCCUUUGUGUUUUAUACUUGGUCAAAGGAAAGGAGGAAGCCCAUUCCAAAUGCUGUCCAAGUACCAACAGCCAAAAUCAGUGACUUUCACCUCUCAAUGGAAGAGAGUGGACAGCAGCUCAUCACCCAGGAUGACUCCCCAGAAAGCAGCAGAUUUGACUCGUGUGACUUGAAGGAAGCGUCUACUUUAUCAGUUUGAUACAACUUUGUCAGUUUCUAAGCUGAAAGCAACUAAAAAGGCUCUGCAGGAGAGCUGAAGGACUGUGGAGUAAAGCAGCUUAAACCGCUCUCUCCCUGCAUCCCUAUAAACUGUCUGACUCCGAAGAAAAGUUGUUUGUGUGUUUUAGAUCCUGACAAUUAUCGACCAGCAUCCAACCUGUCAUGUUUGAGUAAUAUUAUAGGAGGAAAAAAGUCGUUUUUUUAAGACCCGCUCAGAUGAAAACAGUGUUUUUAACAUUGCAUUUUUCUCAUGACUCAAAAUUGUAUUUCUAAAUAUUUCUUUUUUCAAGGUUUUGAAUUGGGAGUAGAUGAAAAAAUGCAGUUUGAAAAAGAUUGUCCAUUUGUAGACAAAUAGAUCCAUGAACGUCUUUGUUUUCCUCGUCUGAGCUGGAAUCUGGAUCAAAAAUGUACACAUGGAUAGCUACAACAUUGCUCUCUAUUUUUGUUGCACUGGUAAUGUUAUUUUGGGAUUAUAAAGGUCUGUAAACUAGUGGGAAAGACUAAAAAGAAGGAUGAUGGGAAAUGAGGGAAGGCUUACUCCACGCCAACUCCUCGACCACAACUCAGAGGUGAAUUCUAAUGAACUAC